CAGCGAAGCAAGAGGACACUCAGCAGCAACACAGCCACUGAUCGAUCAAACACUCAGCAGACACACAAAGAUGAAGACGCCCCAGCUACUCAUCGUCCUUGUGACCAUCUUGGUGCACGCGGCUGCCGGCUUCCCCACCGAGAGGCGAGGCCGGGAGAAGCACGCUUCCUGGGAUGAUGUGAACGUGGUGGCCCACGGCCUCCUGCAGCUCGGCCAGGGCCUGAAGGAGCAUGUGGACAAGACCAAGGUCCAGAUGAGAGACGUGAACGCCAAGCUGAAAGCCUUCAAUGGCUCACUGGUUGAGCUGGAGAGAAGACAGCAGGAACAAGACGAAGCUCUGAAAAGCAGACAGGAGGAGGCAGAGGUGAGGGAGAGGAAGACCUCAGAGCUGGCCGAAGAGGCAAUGGUGAAGGUGGAGGCGGUGAAGAAGGAGACGGAGGACAUCCAUUCCAGGAUGGAGAGACUGGAGGAGGUGCUGAAGGGGCCGACACUGGACGACAACGACCACGACCACACAGGAGUCUCAUUCAUCCAGUUUGUGGCUGCUCAGAACAAACGCAUCGACCAGCUGGUGGAGAAAAUCAAGCAGCAACAGGACAAACUGGAGAAACAGAGUGUGCAUCUGCAGGCACUGCAGAGCAAGGUUUCUCACAAGAGAGUGAAAUCACACCGACGCAGAGACGAAGAGACCGUCCUGAGGGGCGCGGCCGAGCAGACCCCCACUGAAGCAGGUUUGGCGAGAGACUGUCAUAAUCUCUUCGUACAAGGCCAGAAAGUGAGCGGCGUUUACACAAUCCAGCCCGAGAACUCGCAACCCUUCAGCGUCUUCUGUGAAAUGACCUCAGAAGGAGGCUGGACGAUCAUCCAGAGACGUCAUGAUGGAUCCCAAAGCUUCAACCAACAGUGGGACGACUAUAAGAAGGGCUUCGGGAGCCUAAAUGGCGAGUUUUGGUUGGGCUUGGACAAAAUCCACUCGCUGUCCAAACAAGGCCGCUACGUCCUGCAGGUGGAGCUGUCAGACAAUGAGGGACAGCAGCAGGAGGUCCGCUACCAGUUUCACCUGGAUGGGGAGCAGGAGAAUUUCGCCCUUCACCUGGGGCAGGAGUCGCCGUCCGGGCUUCAGGAGAACAUCGCCAGAGGCGUCCCCUUUUCCACUGUCGACAGAGACAACGACCUCGCCGCGGACAUCAACUGUGCUGAGCUGCUCUCAGGUGGUUGGUGGUUCAGCAACUGUGGCGAUUCAAACCUCAACGGGAAGUAUCCCAGGAGGCCGAGCGUAAACAGGAGACACUUGUUCGGGAAGCAGGCGAUGUUCUGGACGAGAAAACAGGGACCAGCCCGCCCGCUCAAGACAACGCUUCUUAAGAUCGCACCAGCAUCAACACAACAGUGAGCCGUCAGCUGGAAGUCAACACCACUGAAAACCAGAGACGAGUUUUCAAACCGCUGAGAGACUCGAAGCAGGGCGGCCACUGAACGUACCGUCCUGAUGCACUGAAUGAUCACAUUUCUAUUGUACGCCAUAAGGUGUCUUCUGUUCAGUCAUAUUGACAGCUUUACUUUAUUCCCUUUGUGAGGGUUUUGCCUAUUUUGUAACGGUGUUUUAAUUUGCUUUUAAAAUGCACAGUGUCUUCCUUUGUACAUUUUCUAUUUCAUUUAUAAGAAGUGACUAAAAAUAAAAAACAUUGAUUUAA